GAUUCCGGGGAGGACGAGCUGUGGAUCCGGCUACUCCUCAAGCGCCUACAGGAGGACGUGGAGAAGGCUCUCCGCAGCGCUCACCCGCAGAAGCCCCUGGAGUUCCUCAGGAAGGCGCUGUUCUUGCCGGGGGCGCGGCCGGACGAGCUCCAGGCGGUAAAGACCGGAUUGCACGCCGAGGAGCUGGCAGCGGCCGGUCGUGGCGACGAAGAGGUUCCCAGCCUGACCCGGAAGUGGACCGAGCAGUGGUCUGCCGUGGAGCAGCAGCGCGCCGCGGCGCGCGCGGAGCCCAUGGCGCUGCCCAUGCUGCAGCGCAGCUGGGCCAAGAUCAAGCAGGCCAUCGACAGCCGAGCUCCAAAGCGCUUGCAGGUUAUCCAAGAGCUGCUGGUCCGUGGCUUGGACCUGGACUUCACCUCCCUGGGCCGGGAUCAGCCCUCCGUUCUCUGGCUGGCGGCGGCGAACAACGACCUGGAGGUCCUCCAGAUGUGCCUGGCUUGUGGAGCAGACCCCCAUCGCGACAGCAGCGGCGUGCUCCCGACGGAGGUUGCAGCUUCUACGGGCGCCCUCCAGGCCCUGGCCCUCCUGCUGCGCAUCGGCGCAGCCACGAAGCUUUUGCUGGCCCAGACCUGGGGGCAAGAGCCGCCUUUGGGCCAAGCCGCCUGCGAAGCCCUGGGCCUGGAGGAGGGGAGCAACAUCCUCCACCUGGCGGCCUUGGGUGGCUUGGACCGAGCCUGUGAUUUGCUGCUGCAGCGCGGUGUAAGGCCGCAGCCCGCCGGGCUCCCGCGAGCCGCGGGCACGCAGUUCGCCCAGGAGCAGGUGCGCGCCGUGCUCGAACCGCAGCGCUGGACGCUGCUGCGGCGGCUUUGGCCCGAGGGCGCCACGAAGUCUUUGCCCGUCCAUGAGGCGUUCAAGCAGGUGCUCGACGAAUGCGGCUCAGAUCCCAAAGUGGUGGCCGUCUGCGCCGGAGUGGGCGCCCUUCGGCCGACCUCGCUUGCAGCGUUGAUGGACGAUGCCGAGGCAGUCAAGCUCCUUGCUGCCACGGACGUAUCGGAGGACCCCCUGCCAGGUGCGAGUCCCUCGGCCCUGAUGUGGGCCCAGUGGUCGAGUUCGCAGCAAGCCGCCAGGGUCAUGCUUGAUGCCGGCGUAACUCUGAGCAAUGCAGACCUGGAGGGACUUCGGCGCUUGGGACGGGCCCGACGCCAGUCGCAGGAUAGCAAGACCGGCAGCGAUGCACCCUCUGCAGCUGCACGCCUUCUCGAUCCCAGCGACUGGAGCCUCCUCCCCCAGGCAGUGCAGCACUUCGCCAGUGCCACUCCCCUAUCCCGACUGCAAGACCUACGAGAGAAGAUGCUGUUCGGCAUCAGCGAGGUGAGGCCAGCAGAUGCACCGGCAGCCGGAGGUCUCCUGCCUCUACCGAUGCAGCCUCCAGCCUUAACGCGCGUCACCUCGAUCUCAGCCGAGCAGGAGGAGGCCGCAGCGAAGGAGGAAGUUGCUGCCUCUGCAUUGUUGGACUUGCUGGGCCCCGCCAAAGCCACUGGGUCUCCCAGUGGGCCCUUUUUCCCUUUUUGA